CCACAACCCUGGCACUGCAAGCACCAUGCUCUAAGCACCAUGCUCUACCAACUGAGCGGAAUACAGAGUACACGCCAGAUGUAGUGRGGUAUACACAUACCAAAUUAUUAUAUGCUGURUUAGUACAUGGCUGGAUUGAUAKACAGUGACCUCUAGUGGUGAUGUUAUAUAUUGCAGCUACCUCAGGAAAUGUAUAUAUUAUUCAGUGUCAUCACUGUCUUGUCAUCUGUCCUUUCACUAGACAUUAAAUGGUAUUGAAUUGAAAUGGGGGAGUUCUAUUAGUUGAGCAAGAUCAAUCAUACUUACGCCCACUUUUAAUAUAGACAAAGUUACUUAUCUUACUGAAGAAUUAAACUUUUUAUUAAACUAUUAUUUCCAUAUACUGUAACUUGUCUGCUAAUGGCCACGCUGUGUAGUUUAACAUAUCCUGGUUGUCAUAUCAGAUAAUAAGGUAGUGAUACGUAUUUGAUAGAAGAGAAAGGGAGAGGAUAAUAUGAUACCUUGGAUCCACUAUCUCAGUUUCCACAGCAACCGGUAUUAAAUAACAUGCACUCUGUGGCGGACUUUGAACUGGCAGGCAGAUGGGUGUGGAGACAGGUGAGGUAAGCCAGUUGCAUUCCAGGAAGAGAGAUCUCUGACUACAGACAUGGCUAAAUUCCUGUCAGGAACUCAGAUCAACGAGUUCAAGGAAUGUUUCUCCUUGUACGACAAGAAGCGCAAGGGGAAGAUUGAAGCCAAGGACCUGAUCACAGUUAUGCGCUGUCUGGGGACGAGUCCCACCUUCGGRGAGAUCGACCGRCACCUGCAGAUCCACAAGAUAGAUAAGAAGGGCGAGCUAGACUUCUCCACCUUCCUGACCAUGAUGCACCGGCAGAUCCAGCAGGAGGACCCCAAGGCGGAGAUCCUGGAGGCCAUGAGGAUGACGGACAAGCAGAAGAAGGGCUACAUCCUGGCCUCGGAGCUCCGGGCCAAGCUCACCAAGCUAGGAGAGAAGCUCACUGAUAAAGAAGUGGACGAGCUUUUCAGAGAAGCCAACGUGAAGUCUAAUGAGGUGCACUAUGAGGAGUUCACCAGGAUGGUGACACUACCGUCAGUGGAUUACUGAGGGACAGGACAGGAGGAGAUGACGACCUUUAUGACAGGGAAGCAUGGUCAUGGAAGUGACCUGGUUAUGCUGCACUGAGCAUUACCAACCAUCUGCAUGCACUGAGCAUUACCCAACCACCUGCAUGCACUGAGCAUUACCCAACCACCUGCAUGCACUUAAUUUAUUGAUCAUCUAGGUUUGUGUCUAUUGUACGCUACUUUCUAUCAUUUAUACUAGUGCAUUUGAUAAUUAAAUGAUGUAUUUUUUUUAAUUGAGGGUUUUUAUUUGACUUGCUGCAGGAAGAGUAGCUGCUGCAUGUGCAAUAUGUAAUGGACAUUAAAAUAAACAAUCAACUAAA